UGAUAACUUCAAAACUGCCAAAAAUGCGCUCCGUGCUGUUAAUCGCCGCUAUAAACUUAACUCUCCCUGUAUUAAUCCACAGUUUAGAGUGCUACGUUAGUGUCAAUUUAAACACUGUGCAACCCCAAGAUGAACGGGCCCAACCGACAAAAAAGCAAUGUGAAGCACUUGAUUUUGAACCAUCCGAAAAGGGAUUCCGAUGUGUUACAGUAACCGCGGAAUCAGAUGACAUCCGCAUGAACGUCCAAGGCUGUCUACCACCUAAUGCAACCUGCGACGAUUUUAUGCUAAGUCGAAUCGAAGAAACGGAAUCAAAAAUGGGGCUUCACUUUAAGAGUUACAAUUGUUACGAGUGCGGAACGGAUUUGUGCAAUUCCGGGAUUACGUAUAGCGUGAUUCGAGAAAAUACGGGCAAAAGUGGGACUUUGCGGAUUUUUCUAGUUGGUGUUACGUUUGUCGUGUUGGCAGUGGCGGUGAUUGCGAUGGUGAGCAGAUGCAGAAUCCCGAUACCGGAAUUUUGACCAGAGAACUUGAUGAUCAUAAUUACCGUUAUUAAUAAAAUAUAAAAAUUGUUAUUUAGAAUGGCUAGUGAAAAAAAUUGGUCCAAAGAGUUUAGACAGUACUUCCCUCGCUGUCGGAAACUUGACGACUGCA